AUGGAGUGUAUGGAUGGUAUCAGGGAGCUACAAGCCCUCCCUGACAACGUCCACAUCCUAUGCCCCCGACAACAUGACGACGACCACGGACAGUACGACGAUCCAAACGAACGAGACGAAUCGGGGAAGACAGUCGCGGAGCUCACGGAGGAGGCCACGAGCCGCAGGGAGAAAUUUCUGUCGUGCAUGCGCAUUUUAGCAUAUAGCGAGGAAGGUGUUGCGGAGCUGCAAUCCUGGAUCUGGCGAAGAUUGGACGAUGCGCUCGAGAAAUGCGACCUCUGCAUUAAGAAAUACUACACGGGCAAGGUCUGGCUUAUGGAGCAUUUGAAGGAGAGUUACGAUGAUGAAGAUAUCGAGAAAUUCGGUCGCAUGCUGGACGAGUGGGAUAUUAAGCGGAUCACCAAGAACCUGAAUGUUGCGACGGCUCGGUUAAAAGAGGUGCCCCCUCAGGAAAUUGCGCUUCAUGUGCUCGACCGCGCAUCGCUGUUAUCGAUUUUCGAGACAUUGAGCUGUGAAGCUAUGCUGCGCAAUGAUGCCUUGCUACAACAAUACUUCGACGAACCUUUUCGCCUGAUUCAGACUAAGCGCAGUCUGAAGGUUUCCGAUUACAUCCCUGCCGUCACUCGUUUUCUGUUCGAUCCCAACCAGAACCGCAGUUUCUGGGCUAUUCAUUCUUGGAUGCGGUACCCUCGGCCCCCGACUACGAUGGAGUUUGACUGGGCGAUUAAAGAGGGUCUUUUGGAUGCUCUUAGAGUAGCUUCUCAGCAGCCGCCACAGAUCGCUGUUAUCCAGAGGCUGUGGCGUGGCAUGCAACUCGUAGUGAAGAGGUUGGACAAGGACCAGAUCACUCAUCAUUUACGAGCGCUGGAAAUUGAUCCUUGCCGUCUCUCUGUGGAUCAUCUUGCUAUGCAGUCGCCUGGUCUUCGUUUCCUUUUGAACACCAUCCAGACCUUUUUGGAGAAGGCGCCUGGUGACUUUUGGGAUGCCAUGCAGACGAUUUCCCCCAAAGCGAUUAUUGAGCAGAUUUUCUAUAACCCCCAGUUCGAUGCGUUCCUUAUGCAAACCACCGAUGGCGAGCCGUUUGAGAAAUCCGCCAUGAAGGACAUGCUAUCGUGGAUCAGCCCGUUCAUGUCGUCUCUCAAGGGUGCUCAUCAGCCAUCUGCUUGCAGGUUCCUGGCAUAUCAGCUCCUCCAACGAUUCCAGGACCUGCGCUAUCCCAACCUAGCCAGAUAUCACUGCUUCCAUAUCGGGUUGGCGAGUCUCGUUCAUACUCUUCGAAGAUUUACCGACCAUGAAUCGUCAAGAGGCUCAGUGGGGCGUGUUGUCCUGUCUGAGACGCUUGAGAUUGUAAGCGAGAACAUUAACACAAUCCUGAAGCCUCCGAAUUUCACUGUGGAGCAAGGGAAGCAGCAAGAAAUCUCCUCGUUAUGCAUGGACGUCAUCCGCAAUACAUUAGCGCUUGAGUGUCAGUCUCUGAAGAGCGACUACGAAAUUAUCCUCCGAUACGAUACCCUUCAGCACGGCGUAAGCACCUAUUCGGCACCGAUUUGGGAUGCGGUUGUCAAGCAUCUACAUGAAGAUAAUAAGGGCCUAUCUACGUCUGCUCUGCUUGGUAUUCUGCCUCUCGUUGGCCUGGAGAAGUUCCCUACAAAGGGCGAAGCCAGCCAGGAGAAGAGGGAUUUCAAUAUGAAUUAUGGCCAUCUUACACAUUUUUCAUGUCAGAUUAUUGAACGUCUCUCGGAUUUCAAGCCGGAGCAUCUCGACGACUUGUUCAAGAGUCAAGAUACCAGCAGCGCCCUGAUCUCUGCUCUCUUUGCAGCUGAUUUGAACACCUACCAGUCAGCGGUGACUCUUAUCAAGAAUGUUAGCGGCCAGUCUGCUCGACGGGAUGCCAUGUCCCAUUUGCUGCAGUCUUUCUUCACGACUACGAUGUACGGACUUAGCUGGUCUUUUCGGCGUAUCUCGAACAUGAAGACGUUCGCAUCCGCCCCCAGGAUGCUUCACACUGGUACCGAUAUCAUGGAUAUUCUAUGCGAUACUCAGACCGGUAUGCUUAGAACUCGGAAGCUCGCGGACCGCAGGGAGAUACUUUCCCUUCAGAAGCUCUGGGAGUACCUGUGGCAAGCGUUGACUACGAUCUUCAACGAAACGGAAUCGUGGCAUCUCAGAGGAAACGACAAAAGCGUGAUGUUGGAGUUCUGCCGUGACUCUAUGCAAUUUGCAGAUCUCCUUUUUGAUCAAUAUAGCGUUUUCAUUGGCGCUGUCGUCGAUGCAGACCCGAGCCAGGAUAAGACGGCGCGCGAGAGUUUCCUCAAGCCACCGACCACGACUAUGAGUGCAAUGGUAAAAUGGCUUCGGCUUAAAGACGAGUACCUGGCCACGACUUUGGUUGGGCUCGUCGCCAAACUUCUCCGGCUCUUGGGAGAACUCAGCGUGACCACUGUGAAAGAGGAUGCCCUCGGUUUCAUUGAAGGCGUUGCUGUCAAGUCUACAAUCAAAACUAUCCUAACGCCACGAGAGAAAGCAGAGUUAGUUCGGGCUCUGGAAGCAUACUACAAGAAACCUGUUAUCACUGCUUCGACAGCCAGUCUCAAGAAGCAGAGCAUGAUCACAGCCUUUGCCAAACCAGCCGAUGCCUCUGCUACGGCCAGCCCGAAAUCUCCUAGUGACGAAGAAUUCGAUGAGGAAGGUGUCUCUGAUAAUAUUCUGCUGCAGCUUUCUCGCUCCGUCGAACUCAACAAGGCGCGAGUUGCGGCAGAGAACAAGAAGAAGGCAGAGAAAGCGGCCAAGGCUCUACCGGCUAUUCCAAAGCCUGCUGCUGCUGCGCCGUUGAAGCCUGCCGCAAAUGUCCUGUCGUUCCGUGAGAAGCGCGAGAGAGAGAAGGAAGCGAAGAAGAAGCGUGACCUUGAACAAUUGGCGCGAUUGAAGAAGAAUAUCCCUGCACGUGGUGUCGCGGAGCAGACCGCUGAGCAGGGAUCCGGACUGAGUGGAAUUGGUGUCAAGGGUAAAGAUCACAGUACACCGGCUGAGAGCAUGAUGGUCUCUUCUGGCUCAGAAUCCGAAUCGGAAAGCGAAGAUGAACUCGACAAGGAGCUUUUCGGUGCUAAGGCUAGUUCGAAGCCUGAUGCAGUCAAGGCCUAUGAAGAGAGCAAGAGACUGUCUCUCAAGCAGCAGGCUCCUAUCAAGAAGGUCAAGCAAGUGCGAUCGGCCAAGGAUAUGCGUGCUCGUUUGGCACCAGACUUGUCAGCUUUGCAUCGGACGAUACUGUCUUGGGAUUACUUUGCGAAUGGUGAUUUGCCGCCGAACUCGGGCACUACCGAUUACACACUGGUUUCGAAUGCGUUUAAAGAUCCUAUCGAUUACCAGCGGACUUUCGAGCCUCUUUUGGUUCUCGAAGCGUGGCAAGGAUUCCAGUCUUCGAAGGAAGAGGGUUCCUUCAAACCAUUCGAGGUCAAGGUCGCCACGCGUCUAUCUGUCGACUCGUUUGUUGAAGUCAGCACUACCAUGCCUGCUAUGGAGCUCAGGGACUUUGGCCUAGGCGAGUCAGACCUAGUCCUCCUCUCGAAAUCGAAAACUCCGACGAAUGAUUCCGCGGCUCCUCACUGUCUUGCUCGGGUUUCUGGGAUCAACAAGAAGAAGGGCACGGUUGAGAUUGCGUAUCGGGUUGUUCCUGGUAAUCCGUUUAUUAACUCUCUCGCGCCCGGAAAUGGUAUUUGGGGCGCGAAGAUUACGUCUUUGACUCCCCUUGAGCGUGAAUACGGUGCACUCAUGGCCUUGCAAUAUUACGACUUGUGUGAGGAGAUUGUGAGGGCAAAGCCUUCGCCCAUCCUGAAGUAUUCGGAUACGUCUCUCAAGCCCAUCGCCGACAACUACAAUCUCAACCCUGCGCAAGCAAAGGCGAUCAAGUCUGCCCUUGAUAAUGACGCCUUUACUCUGAUCCAGGGUCCUCCGGGAUCUGGAAAGACCAAGACCAUUGUAGCUCUCGUGGGAGCUCUCUUGACCAAUGUGCUUGGUGAUCAAGGAACGGCGAUUGCACGACCAACCACCAUUGGCAACUCGCGACCGCCGGUGAGAUCGUCUACGGCGAAGAAAUUGCUCGUCUGUGCGCCCAGUAACGCCGCCGUCGAUGAAUUGGUCAUGCGUUUCAAGGAAGGUGUGAAGACGGUGAACGGGCGCAACGAGAAGCUCUCCGUAAUUCGUCUGGGAAGAAGUGACGCCAUCAAUACCAAUGUGCUCGACGUGACGUUGGAUGAAUUGGUCAACGCAAGGUUGGGCCAGAGCAACCGUAAAGAUGCCGGGGAAAGGGAUUUGCAGAAAAUUUACAUGGAGCACAAGGCUGCUGAUACGUCGUUCAAGGAAGUACGGGCUAGAAUGGACCAGUGUAGAGCACAAGGCCUGCCUGUUCCGGCUGAGUUGGAGCGGGAGUUUGACCUCCUCAAGAAAAAGAAGACCCAGUUGAGUCAGGAAAUCGACAGCGCGAGAGAUAAGAAUCACUCUGCGGCGCGUGAUGCCGAUUUGACGCGGCGUCGCAUUCAGCAGGAGAUCAUUGACGGCGCUCAUGUUAUUUGCGCAACGCUCAGCGGUAGUGGUCAUGAGAUGUUCCAGAACCUGAGCAUUGAGUUUGAAACGGUCGUCAUCGAUGAAGCGGCGCAGUCGAUUGAAUUAAGCGCCCUUAUCCCUCUCAAGUACGGCUGCUCUAAGUGUAUCCUUGUCGGAGACCCCAAACAGCUGCCACCCACCGUUUUGUCCAAGGUUGCUUCUCGGUUCCAGUACGAGCAGAGUUUAUUCGUCAGAAUGCAAGCCAAUCAUCCCCAGGACGUGCAUCUGCUGGAUACGCAGUACCGUAUGCAUCCGGAAAUCAGCGCCUUCCCCAGCUCUGCGUUCUACGACGGAAAACUUCAGGAUGGACCUAACAUGGGACCAUUACGUGCCCGACCAUGGCAUCAGAGUGAAUUGCUCACGCCGUACCGGUUCUUCGAUGUCCAGGGUCUUCAUCAAAGUGCUGCAAAGGGUCAUUCGCUGAUUAACGUUGCAGAGCUUCAGGUGGCCAUGCAACUUUAUGAGCGUUUGGUGACGGAUUUCCGGGCUUUCGACUUUGCCGGAAAGAUUGGUAUCAUCACACCGUAUAAGGGUCAGUUGAGGGAAAUGAAGACGCGGUUCGCUGCCAGAUAUGGAAAUGAGAUUUUCAAUAUCGUCGACUUCAACACCACCGACGCUUUCCAGGGUCGAGAAAGCGAGGUUAUUAUCUUUUCGUGUGUGCGCGCUUCGAACAAAGGUAUUGGUUUCCUGUCCGAUAUUCGACGUAUGAACGUCGGUUUGACGCGUGCCAAAUCAUCGCUUUGGGUCCUGGGUAAUUCGCAAUCUCUUCUCCAGGGCGAGUUCUGGAAUAAGCUCAUUACGAACGCUCGAUCGAGAAAUGUCUACACCGACGGUGAUGUGUUGAAGCUCCUCGCGCGGCCGCAAUUUACGGGCUACAAGAAUGUGGAGAUGGUCGAUGUUGACGCGCCAGAGCCACUGGUACCCUCGCGGGCUUCCUCGGCGGCAUCCGUAUCACGACCAUCGUCUGUUUCUCUAGGAAAUCUUCCCUUUGAAUCACCGUCGCAUUCUGUAUCUGCGUCUGCCAAGGGUACCCCACCGGCUCCGUUGCCUGAGGGCCCGUCAGGGGGUGCAAAUGGAUUGGACGACAACCGGAUGUGUGGCUACUGCGGUAGCUUCGAGCAUAUGACACCCCACUGCGACAAUAUCGAUGCCAAGGAGGCUUCUCGGGGCACGUGCUACAGAUGCCAGGCCUCUGGACACCGACGGUACGAUUGCACGGUGGAGCGCUGCACCGAAUGCGGGAGAUGCGGGCACCUUGCCAGUGCAUGCCCAUCUCCGAACUCCUUGUCCAAGAAGGAGAAGGCACGGAUUUCGCGGGAAGAGUAUAGCCAUGCCCAGAUCCAGAAGCAGAAGUCGCAGCGCCAGCGACAAAAGCAGCUUGGUGGACAUGAUCCCAAAAUCCCGGUUAUUCAAACAUCGAAUCCGCCAGAAAAUAAGAAACUCCAACCAUCUUCGAAGGACGAUCAUAGCGGAGGGGAGAAACGGAAACGUCCUGAGUCGCCAACGUCAGAUAACAAAGCUGCACGGCCGCGGAAGUCGAAAGAAGGUGCACCACCAAAUGUGCCCAGAGGACCAAGGCAUCGGCUUGAUGCUAAUGUUCCUACGAACACGGGGGACCUGGUCAAGCCAUCGCGGGACGGGCCAGCGUAUGGUCCCAUUGAACGGGCUCCUAGUGGUCCAGCGGAUCUCCCUCCACGGCCUCCACAAAGACCACCAGGCGUUAGACCGCCGCCUGUGAUGCGCAAAAAGAAAGAAGCGGAUCCAUUCAUCCGACCGAAACGGAGAUGA